CUUUAUCGCGAAGGAGGAAGCAGAGCUAUUCUAGUCCUUUCCCCCUGCUUCACUUUUUUCUUUCUUCUUCGCUAUUUAACUAGUUUUAUUUUUAUUUAGAAAAGUAUAACAAGGCACCGAUUACAGCCUGCCAAUUUAACAUAAUGCUGAAGAACGUUUCCCGCCUUGCUUCCGCCACUCGCGUUCCCGUCGCUCGCGCCAUGGCUCGCGCCGCCACCCCCGCUGUGGUCCGCGCCUUCUCGGCCUCGGCCUCCGUCAGCGCUGGUGCCAAGCCCGCUGCCUCCGAGGUUACCUCGAUCCUCGAGGACCGCAUUCUGGGCGCCGCCAACAAGGUCGACCUCCAGGAGACCGGUCGCGUUCUGUCCGUUGGUGACGGUAUUGCUCGCGUCUACGGCCUGAAGAACAUCCAGGCUGAGGAGAUGGUUGAGUUCUCGAGCGGUGUCCAGGGUAUGGCUCUUAACCUUGAGGCUGACAACGUUGGUAUUGUCAUUUUCGGUAACGAUCGUCUCAUCAAGGAGGGUGACACUGUCAAGCGUACCGGCUGCAUUGUCGAUGUCCCUGUCGGUGAGGCCCUUCUUGGCCGUGUUGUUGAUGCUCUCGGCAACCCCAUUGACGGCAAGGGUCCCAUCAAGACCAGCCUGCGCUCCCGCGCUAUGGUCAAGGCUCCCGGCAUUAUCCCCCGUCAGUCCGUCCACGAGCCCAUGCAGACCGGUAUCAAGUCCAUCGACUCUAUGUUGCCUAUCGGCCGUGGCCAGCGUGAGCUGAUCAUUGGUGAUCGUCAGACCGGUAAGACCUCCGUCACCCUCGACACCAUGCUUAACCAGAAGCGCUGGAACGACGGCAACGACGAGACCAAGAAGCUGUACUGUGUGUACAAGCGUUCGACUGUUGCCCAGUUCGUCCAGACCCUUGAGGAGAACGACGCCCUCAAGUACUCGAUCGUUGUUGCCGCCACUGCCUCUGAGGCUGCUCCCCUCCAGUACAUUGCCCCUACUCGGGUUGCGCUAUGGAUGUCGCUGCUGCUGCGUCGUCCCCCUGGUCGCGAGGCCUACCCCGGUGAUGUCUUCUACCUCCACUCUCGCCUGCUCGAGCGUGCCGCCAAGAUGAACAAGGACUUUGGCUCUGGAUCCCUGACCGCCCUCCCCAUCAUCGAGACCCAGGGUGGUGAUGUUUCCGCUUACAUUCCUACUAACGUCAUUUCCAUUACUGACGGACAGGUCUUCCUUGAGGCUGAGCUCUUCUUCAAGGGUAUCCGCCCCGCCAUUAAUGUCGGUAUUUCCGUCUCCCGUGUCGGUUCCGCCGCUCAGACCAAGGCCAUGAAGCAGGUCGCUGGUUCCCUCAAGCUCUUCCUGGCCCAGUACCGCGAGGUUGCCGCCUUCGCCCAGUUUGGUUCUGAUCUCGAUGCCUCGACCCAGUUCCUGCUUAACCGUGGUGCCCGUCUCACUGAGAUGCUGAAGCAGCCCCAGUACUCGCCCCUGUCGGUCGAGGACCAGGUUGCCAUCAUCUUUGCCGGUGUCAAUGGUUUCCUCGACAAGAUUCCCACCACUCGCAUUGUCGAGUUCGAGCAGAAGUUCCUGCCCUUCGUCCAGUCCAACCACGCCGACAUCCUCAACGCCAUCCGCACUGAGGGUAAGAUCGACGAGGCCACUGAGAAGAAGCUCCGCGUGAUCAUUGGUGACUUCGUCAAGGCCUUCAUCUAAGCCGCCGCCGCAAUUGCUGCGUUGAGGUAUCCGGGGUAGUGUGCUGUUCCGCCUCCUUCAGCUUUUAGUUUCUCUUUCUCUUUUCUUUCUAUUGUCUUUUUUCCCUUUACAGGUCUUUGAGCUCAACGGGCGCUCUGGUUUUUUUCUUAAAAAGUUUAAAGUACACUCUUUGAACCCGACAUUUUUUUGUA